AUGCUUAGAAUUCUAACAAUAAAAAACAUUUUAAUAAAUAAUCAAGCAAGGUUAUUCCAUACUUCUUCAGUCUUAACUAGAAAAGUUGUUGCUACUAGGAAACUACUUGAAAAGAGUCAAACAAGACUUGAAAACCAGGGCUUUGAGUUGAUUCAAUGGCCGCACGAUUCCUCGAUGCCUCGAGAAAAGUUAUUGCGCGAUAUUAAAGGCGCUGAAGGGCUCAUCUGUAUGCUAUCUGAUAAAAUAGAUGCUGAUGUUUUCAAUGCUGCAGGGCCAAAUUUAAAGGUUGUCUCGACUAUGAGUGUUGGAUAUGACCAUAUUGAUCUUGCGACUGCAAAAGAGAAAAAUAUACAGAUCGGAUAUACACCAGAUGUCUUGACAGAUGCAACGGCUGAUCUGACAGUGAUGUUGGUGUUGGCAGCAGCAAGACAUAUGAAGCCUGCUCAGCAUGCAGCUGAAACAGGAGAGUGGAGAGAAUGGCGUCCACAGUGGUUAUGUGGAUAUCAAUUCAAAAAUAAGACGCUGGGCGUCGUAGGCAUGGGUCGUAUUGGUCAAGCAGUGGCUCAUCGCUUGAAAGCGUUUGGAAUUGAUCGCGUUCUUUACUGGGGGCGUAAAGAGAAGCCAGAAUUGAAGGCAUCUCUUAAUGCGGAUUUUGUGCCCUUGGAUGAUCUCCUUCGCCAAUCGGAUUAUGUGGUUGCCUGUUGUGCACUGACUCCUGAUACAAAAGAAGUGUUUAAUUAUGAUGCAUUUAAAAAAAUGAAAAAGACGGCUAUAUUUGUCAAUAGUGCUAGAGGAGGUGUGGUCGAGCAAGAUGGCCUUGUGCGUGCAUUGAAGGAGAAUCUGAUCGUAGGAGCAGGUCUUGAUGUGACUACCCCUGAACCCUUACCAACAGAUCAUGAAUUGUUCAAGCUUGAUAAUUGCUUGAUUCUUCCACACAUUGGUAGUGCUACAUUUGAAGCUCGCGAAACAAUGGGUGAUAUGUGUAUUGAUAAUGUUGUUUCUGCAUUGGAAGGAAAGCCACUCCCAUUUGGCUUAAAGUAUUAA